AGGGGGGAGGUUCGGGCGGGUGGAGGGGACAGGUCCGGGCAGCGCUCGGGGGUUGGCACCGGUUCGCGCACCCGUUCAAGCGGCAGCACUCGCUCGUCCCAGCAGUCCCCGCUGACCGCGCUAGCUGCGGCGUCUGCGCUCUCGUACCCCGCGCUCAUCCGCACUCGUCCUGGCGUCCGACCUCACCAUGCCUAGCCUUUGGGACCGCUUCUCGUCGUCGUCCUCCCCUUCGUCCUCCUCCGGAACUGCCACCCCGGAUCGGCCGCCGCGCUCAGCCUGGGGGUCGGCGGCCCGAGAGGAGGGGCUUGACCGCUGUGCGAGCCUGGAGAGCUCGGACUGCGAGUCCCUGGACAGCAGCAACAGUGGCUUCGGGCCGGAGGAAGACUCCGCGUACCUGGACGGGGUGUCCCUGCCCGACUUCGAGUUGCUCAGCGACCCCGAGGAUGAGCACCUGUGUGCCACCCUGAUGCAGCUGCUGCAGGAGAGCCUGUCCCAGGCGCGGCUGGGCUCGCGGCGGCCCGCGCGCCUGCUGAUGCCCAGCCAGCUGGAGAGCCAGGUGGGCAAGGAACUCCUGCGCCUGGCCUACAGCGAGCCGUGCGGCCUGCGGGGGGCGCUGCUGGACGUCUGCGUGGAGCAGGGCAAGAGCUGCCACAGCGUGGGCCAGCUGGCCCUCGACCCCAGCCUGGUGCCCACCUUCCAGCUGACCCUCGUGCUGCGCCUGGACUCACGCCUCUGGCCCAAGAUCCAGGGGCUGUUCAGCUCGGCCAACUCAACCUUCGUCCCUGGCUUCAGCCAGUCCCUGACGCUGAGCACGGGCUUCCGUGUCAUCAAGAAGAAGCUGUACAGCUCGGAGCAGCUGCUCAUUGAGGAGUGUUGAGCCCUCAGUCUGGGGGCGGGGCCCACACUGCCCCCCACCCCCACGGCAGAGACCGCUGAACUCUGGGGUUGAGACUAGAGCGCCGGAGCCGAGAGACCGCUGUCUGCCUGCGGUUAGGAGACGGACAACAGCCGCCCGAGGGGAGGAAGGUGGAGGUGCAACAGUGUUCUCCAGGCAGCUCCCCGGCUGUGUGUGCAGGUGGCUCCCGGUUGGGGCGCGCGCCCCGCAGUACUGUAGCAUGAAACAAAGGCGUAGGGGCCGGCCAGGCUUCUGGCUGGCUGUGUAUGUAGCAUGUACCGUAUUAUUUUGUAUUAUUACUGACAGUUUAAGACAAGCAGUAGUGCGACAGAGCCAGGAGGGCAGCUGGGCUGUGCUGGGCUCUGCCAAGGGCUGUGUGCUGACGGCAGCCUGUGGAGGGAGGGGGGCGGUCAGGGAGGCGGUUUGUGUGUAUCCUGGGCUGAGGGGCCCUGAGCGUGUUUGUCAUUUGUUUUGUAUCUUGUCUCUGGUGGAGCUUCACUACUGACCUGUGUUCUGGGCAGCUAUCUCACAGACGGGUGAAUGUCAGAGGAGGAAGGGGUGGGUGCGGGGACCCCUGGCGAGCCCUGCCACCCCCGGGAGCUGCCUUCAGCCCGUCCCGCCUCCUACGGAAGAGCUGAGCUGUGAGGGGAAGGGGCCGAGGCGGAGUGGGGGCUGGAACCCCUCCCCGCAGGAGUGCCAUCUGGGUCUUCCAUCUAGAACUGUUUACAUGAAGAUUCUCACUGUUCAUGAAUACACUUGAUGUUCAAGUAUUAAGACCUAUGCAAUAUUUUUUACUUUUCUAAUAAACAUGUUUGUUAAAACAA